UAUCAGACCUGAUCCAGCGGCGAGGUCAGUCGCACAGGAUCUCGCAAACAUGUUCGUCGUCUUAAUGUGUUUGUGUUUGUUUGUGGGACAUGGACUCGCUCAAGGUUUAGGUGACAACUGCAACCACAAUGGCGUCCCGGGUAUCUGCGUAUUGACAAACAGCUGUCCCUCCGUGCUGGCAGACCGAUGGAAACUGAGAAAUGCGAAGCGAUGCGGAUUUCGAGGUCAUGAAGCCAUAAUAUGCUGCACAGAUCGGAAUGUUGGCGGGACAGAUGACCGGUUCGUGGCUACCACGCCUUUUAUCCGGUCCACAACCACAGAGUAUACACCACCCAUCGCUGACUACAAGGAGCUGAUUCCUGGAGCUAUUGGUGAUGGCAAAUGCGCUCCCGUGCCUGCAAAAAAUACUGCUGCUAAAACUGGGAAGAAGGCUUUUGACAAGUGCAUUGAAUACCAAGAGCAGCUAGUCUACCCUUGUGAGCGCGGCGUGGACUACACAGGCAAGAAAAGUAGAGGCAACUACUGCUCCCACAACGCGGAUGAGCUGAUCGUUGGAGGAAUAGACGCUAAACGCGACGAGUUCCCACACAUGGCGUUGCUGAGUUAUGGGGACGGUUCGUUCACAUCGACAGUAUGCGGUGGAACUAUCAUCAGCGAGAACUUUAUUCUAACAGCUGGACAUUGCACUUCUGCACCUAAAAUUGGAAAAGUAUCAACGGUGAAGGUAGGGCUUCUCCGUAUGACGGAAGAUGUACCUGCGCGUCGCAUACAUCGUGUCAAGAAUAUAAUCAAGCAUCCGCAAUACAAGCCACCUUCGAAGUACAACGACAUCGCUCUGUUGGAGGUUGAACCACCGAUAAAUCUAGGCCCCAACGCGAUACCAGCUUGCCUGGACAUUGGAGAAGUUGUGGAUGACUCACGCGCCUCUGCCACGGGCUGGGGACAUAACAAGAGUUUGGGAGAAGUCCUUGAUGUCCUGCAGAAGGUAACACUGCAAAAAUUCACCCCACAAGAGUGCACAGAAAAGUUUCGAAACGUCCGGCAUCUUACUCAAGGUUACCACGAACCCACGCAGAUCUGCUACGGAGACCAUGAGGAGAAGAAGGACACCUGUCAGGGAGACAGCGGCGGCCCUCUCCAAAUCAACAACCCCCGUAUCCACUGCAUGUACACCGUUAUUGGUGUGACCUCAUUCGGGAAAUACUGCGGACAAGUCGGCAGGCCCGGCAUGUAUACCCGGGUCUCCCAUUACACUAAAUGGAUCGAGAACGUUGUGUGGCCUUGAAUAAAAUAAUAUUGAAUUGAA